AGAAACCCAAGCAUCCAAUGGCUCUCAAUCUCUUUGGCAACGGCCGACGAAGCAGUGUCUUCGACCCCUUCUCUCUCGACAUCUGGGACCCGUUCGAGGGCUUCGGCACUCUGGCCAACUUCCCCUCAUCCGCCCGGGAAACAACCGCCAUCGCCAACACGCGCAUCGACUGGAAGGAGACCCCGGAGGCCCACAUCUUCAAGGCGGACCUCCCGGGGAUCAAAAAGGAAGAGGUGAAAGUGGAGGUGGAGGACGGGAGGGUCCUGCAUAUCAGCGGCGAGAUGAGCAGGGAGCAGGAGGAGAAGACGAAGAACUGG